AUGACAGAGGUAGGAGUAAAUCAAAUAUCUUUAUCGUCAUGGAAUUGUUCAUUUCUGACAAGACAAGAAUACGAUGAUUUAAUAUCUCGUCAACAACCUCUUCAAAUCAUUCAACGUGCAGAACUAAAGAUUAAACAAUUGACUCAAUCACUUGAAACUAUUAAUGCUAAAUCUUCAACUGAUCGUACAAAUGCUGAACAAUUAUUUCAACAAUUAGAAACAAAUUAUAUAACAUGUAAAAAAGAUUUAGAUAAUCAAUCACAACUUAAUUUAAAAUUAAAGAAUGAACUUGUAACUGUUAAUAAUAGAAAUACAGAAUUAAUAGAAGAAUCAACAAAAUAUAAACAAAUAUCAAUAGAAAAAGAGAGUAAAUCAAAUACAUUGGGUAAAUUAUUUGAUGAUCUUCAUCAAGAAAAGACAUUGUUGCAUGGUAUUAUUGAAAGAAAGGAUAAAGAGCUAAAGGAAGAGGAGCAGGUGAUUUCAAAAUUGACAGAACGAGUCAAUGAAUUGAUCAAAUCAAAGGCAGAGAUGAAUGCAAAGAUAUUGAACCUCGAGAGUGAUAAGAACUCGGGUGAAUAUCUUACAUCUCGUCUCAAACAAGAGAUUGGAGAGUUGAAAAAGCAAAAUGAAUAUAUGGAUCAAUCAUGUCAAAAGCAUACUCAGGCCUAUUAUGACGAGCUCAGAGAGGUAAAGUCAAUGUUGACCGAAGCCAAUAGUCGAUCCGAUCACUUGACCGAUGACAAGUCACGUCUUGAAAACUUGUUGGACAUGUCCAAGAAACGUGUAUCGGAUUUGGAGCAAGCCGUAGAGAAACAUCUUGGAGAGAUUAAAAAGUUGCGUGACGAGAAUGUACAAGUGGCCGGUCAAUUUGAUCACGAGAUUGAAAUUCAAAAGAGAUUGGUCCAACUCUACAAGAGUGGUCAAGAAGAAGCCAGCAAAAAGAUCACUGCCCUUCAACAACAUGUCGAUCAAUUGCGUCAAGUCGACAAGGACCUUCGUACCAACCAUCAAGAAGCCUAUAAAAAGAUGGAAGAAGCUUAUGAUGCACUUCAAGAAGAUUAUCAACGUGUAUGUCGUGAAGCCAACGAUAUGAAACAACAAUUGGCAACACGUUCAAAUCAACCAAUCGAUCUAUCUAGUAUGGAUAUUCCUUUACUCCAGGAAUCUGUUAAACGUCGUAUAGGUGAAAUUAGUAACCUUGGUAACAAGGACGAGUUACGUCGUGAAUUACUAGAAAUGGUUCAACGUUAUGAUGAUCUUACCAAGAUUACACUUCAAGAGAGACGUGAAAAGAGAUUCCUCCAAGAUAAUCUCGAACAUGUUCUCCGUGAAGUUGAAAAGAAGGCUCCCAUCAUCAAGGAAAAGAAUCAAGAAUAUCACAGACUUCUCAAGAGUCAAGAGAAACUUUUAAACAAUUAUCAAGAAUUACAAGCUGAGAAGGAUACCUUGCUCCUCAAAAUCACUACCCUCUCUACUGAAAAUAAUAAUCAACGUCUUGAAGUUUCAGAUUUACAAAAACAAGUUCGUAGAUUAUUAAAAGAGGCCUUGGACAAUGGAAAGGGAGGAGCAAAGGGAGGAUUAGCAGGUUCAUCUCUUUCUUCUUCAUCUAUUUCUUCAUCUCAGCAAGAUGAUCAAAUUAUACCAGAUUCUUUGGUUACAUAUAGUAAUAUUGAAGAAUUACAAGUUAGAAAUCAAGAAUUAUUAAGAAAUAUUAGAAAUCUUAGUAAUCAAAUGGCUUUGCAUCAAGAAAAGGAUAGAGCUUUGGAAAUGGCAACUCAAGAAAUUGAUCAUCUUAGAUCUCAACGUGACAGACAAAUUAAAAUUAUUGAAUCUGUUUCUCAUCAAAGAGAUUAUUUUAAAAAUCAUCAUAAUGAUAAUAGUUUAAAUAAUAAUAGUCAUAUUAAUAAUAAUAAUAAUAAUAAUAAUGAUAUUCCUUUGUCAACAUCAAUGUUAAAAACAAAUUCUUCUUCUUCUACUUUAUCUUCAUCUAUAGUUGAUCAAACUACUAUACUUGAAUUUGAAAAAAUCAAAUUAAAUUAUCAAGAAUUAAAAAAAGAAUAUGAAGAAUUUAUUAGAGAAAGAAAUAGUAAUGAAAAAUCAUUACUUGGAAAGAUUGAUGCAUUAAAGGAUGCCAAUACAGAUUUAAAUAUCAAGACUAAACAAGCAGAGAGUCAAAUCGAAUUAUUGGGCGAGAGAAUUAAAUUAUUAAAUGAUAGUGUCGAACAACAAAAGAAGGAGCUCGAAUCGUAUAGAGCCAAGAAUCAAGAAUACAUGACAUCGAUUGUACGUCAUCAAGCUACAAUGGAAGAUCAAAGACAACAAAUGAACCGUUUGGAGGAAUCCAAUCGUCAAGCCGAAUUAAAAUUCACUACAACCAAGUCAGAGAUUGAAAUAUUAAAGGCCAGCGAGCUGCGAUUGAUCGAACAAAACCAAUCAUUGGUUGGCGAGAAACGUUCAAUUGAAAAUAUUUUGGCCAACGUCAAUGCAAUGGUCACUACCAAGGAGAAUGCUGAACUCGAAUUACGUCACAAACUCGAGAGCGAGUUGAAUGCACAGGAAACGAAUCGUAUUCAAAUUAAAAAGGAAUUGGAUGCUGAAAGACAAGCAAAUCGUGAUAGUCAAUUGCAAAUGCAACAUCAAUUGACAGAAUCUAGAGAAAGAUUCGAGAAAAAGGAAAAGGAAGUGACAGAAUGGAAGGAAAAAUGUCUCAAACACAAGAUUACCGAGCAAACUCUUGCCCAAAAAUGUACUGCUCUAGAACAACAAAUUUCUUCUGCCGAAGCUAGAUUCCAAUCUGCAAUGGAAAGAAAUAAUCAACUCCGUUCUGAACAACAUCAUCAUCAAACCAAUUCACCAACCAAUACAUCUGCUUCUUCAGCUACAACCUCUUCUACCAAUGCAGCAGUCUCUGAUAAUCUUGAUCUAACAUUGGCAAGAUCAGAAAUUGAAUCACUCAAAGAAUCGUUGACACAAGAAAAGGAUAAUGUCGUACAUUACAAAUCAAUUGCCAUUUCUGCCGAAGCUGAUCUCUCCAAAACAAAAGAAGAAUUUACAAGAAUUCGUGUUGAAUUGGAAGAAAAGUUACAUGAAGCACAGGAAAAUGAAAACAAAUAUCAACAAAACCUCAAAGAACAAUCACAAAAAAUGGAAAAGAUGGAACAUUUCUCAUCGUCUUACAAACAAGAUGUUGAUAUUGUUAUCAAUGAACGUGAUGUUUUGGUAAAGGAAAAACAACGUCUCAAUGCAAAGAUUGAAGAAUUGACCAAGGCACAACAAAUGGCAAUCAAUGAAGCAUCAAUGCAACACGAUCUCUGUAAAAAGGCAACUGAAAACUAUGAACGUGAACUUUUACUUCAUGCCGAAGACAUCAAGAUUCUCCCUACUCUUCGUAGUGAAUUAUCUGAAUCCAAACAUACUAUCAUGUCACUUAGCAAUCGUGUAGAAUCUGCUCAAAAGGGAUUAGAAGUUUCACAACAAUCUUGGAAUGAACAAGAAUCAUUGUUCAAGAGUCAAAUCAACGAAAUGGAAGAACGUAUCAAGGAUUUGAAACAUCAAAACAAUCUAUUGACAAGUCAAAUCGAUUCCAUCACUAGUCAAUCGAAUCGUAUCGACAAGAUGAUGUCUAGUGUCAGUGAAGUAGAUUCUCGUCUUUUACUUUCACAAUCUGAUAUCAAUAGUCAGACAAGAGCCGAAAAUGAACGUGUCAUUGUUGAACUUCGAGAAUUGGUACAAGUUCAAUCACGUGAACAAAAGAUUCUAGAAGUUCGUAGUGAAUCAUUGAUUCAAGAAAAUAGUCGUCUUAAACAAACCUUACUUCAAAAUCAAAAGACCAUCGAUACUUUAACAUUCAAGACUCAAGAACUUCAAGAUCAUCUCAAGAGUAUUACGUUCAAUUCCAAAAAACAUGAAGAAAUUGUUAAACAAUUGGAUCAAAUGAAUCUCUUUAGAGAAAGUAAUAUUAUGUUAAAGGAUGAAACCAAUAGAUUGGGUCGUACUAUUGAAUUGUUAAAUGCAAGAUUAAAGGAAAGUGAAGAUAUGGUAUCACCAUUGCAACAACAAAAUCGUAGACUUGCUUCUGAAAAUGAAGUACUUCGUACUGAUAUUGAAGCCCUCAAAACGGAAAUUGGUAUAUGGCAAAACAAGGUACAAAAACUUCUUGACAAGUAUCAAUCAAUCGAUCCAGAAGUACAUCAAAAACUACUCGAACAAUAUGAACUCGCUAAAAAGGAAGAAGAAGAAGUUAAAAAGCAAUUGGAAGAUGUAAAGAAACAUGCCAAACAUUGGAAGGAUGAAGCUAAAAAGAUUCAAGAACAAUUUGGAGAAUUGAAAAAGGAAAAAUCAGAACUAGAAGCUCAAGCCGUUCAAUUGAAACAACAAAUUGAAGCAACAGCUCCAAAAACUUUGGAAUCUGAAUCUACCAUUGCCAAUAUGAAAAGAUUACUUGGCAAGGCUGCCAAACAAGCAAAGGAUCAAAAAUUGGAAAUUGAAACAAUCAAAAAAACCCAAGAAGAAAAGGAAAAGUUACAAAAAGAAACAAAUGAUGAAAAUCAAAUGUUAAAAUCAAAAUUAAAACUUUUUGAAUCUAUAAAACAAAAACAAGCAAAUUUAAUUAAUAAUAAUAAUAAUAAUAUUAGUAAUAGUAGUAGUAGUGGUGUUAGUGGAACAACUACAACUACAACGACAACCCCAACUCCUGUUGUUACUCCAACAAUAGUUACACCAACUGUUACACCAAUUGUUACUCCUUUGGUUACUACUCCAGCUGCACCAGUACCGGUAGUAACUACUAGUAUACCAACACCACCUCAAUCACCAUUUAGUCAACCAACUGACAUUCCAAAGAAGAGAAUUAUUAGAAAACCUGCUGCUCCUGCUGGUAAUAUAAUUAAUUCUUUAUUUGAUUCUGCAAAACAAGCUAGUAGUGUUUCAACACCAACAAAGUCAACAGCUCCUGUCACACCAGUUACUCCAGUUACUCCUGUUACACCUGUUGCACCAACUACUACAACUUCAACAUUACCUCCUACUCCUUCUUCACAAAAUUCAAUAUUUUCUGGUAUUGUUAGUUCAAUUGUAAAUCCAGUUGUUGAAUCAAUAACACCUCCAACUUCAACUACUCCAACCAUUCCAACUGCUCCUACAUCAAUAUUUGGUGGUUCAAGUGUAUUUGGUAGUGCACCACCAACAACUACUACAAGUUCUGUAUUCUCCCCAACAUCUACGACUACUACAACUACAACUUCUGAACCAUCACAACAAAUUGUUACAUCUCCACCACAAAAUGAUGUCCUAAUUGAAACUACAUCUACAACUGAUGAUUUAUUACCAUCAGUUGAUAAUGGUGAUAUUGAAACCGAAGAAUCAUCAUCAAUUUCAACUUCACAUAGUAUAAAGAAACAAAAGAUUAAUGAAGAUACUUUGGUAGCAUUUUCAGAUGCUGAAGAGGAAGAGGAAGUUGUCGAAGACGAUGUUGAAGAAGAUCAAGAUCAAGAAGACCAACAAGAGGAAGAUGAAAUUUUAGAAGAAGAUGAAGGCGAAUUGAUUGAAGGUGAUGCAUCUAUGGAUACCAAUACAAUUGUGGCUGAACAAUCAUUGGAAGAAACUCCAAUGGAAUCUGAAACAUCUACUGCAGCCAUUGAUGAACCAAUUCCAACAACUCCCAUUCCAAUGCCAACUACCCCAACUCAACCAACCACUGAUACACCAUCCUCGACAGGUAAAAGAAAAUUAAAUAGAAAAUCAAUUACAACUCCUACAGUGCCAACUGCCUUUUUCAAAAAAGUUGCUCAAGCUCUUACACCAAAAAGAAAAUCCCCUGAUCAACCAAUAGAUGAAUCAUCAUCAUCAUCAUCAACAGAUGAAACUAAUAAUAAUAAUAAUAGUAAUAAUAGUUAA